UUGCUGCACAAAGGGUCAUCUCCCAGUAUCCGGAAUUCCUCAUCUGCCAUGGUUCUGUAGCCCCACGAGAGAGACUGAACUAGAGACAAGGAUUUGGAAAUCCUCAUCCGAUCUCGGCUCUCAAGGCCACCGCCUACUGAAGAGUGAAGAUGGUGUAUUAUUUUAGUAUGUUGUAAGCAUGCCUGUCGAAGUUGGGGUGGAGUUCACGGCUGCGAUCAGCGACAUAGUCCGCACUCUCGAAGUUGAGAGCGCGCCUAGCCGUAGCCGGUGGUGAAGGUGAAGGCGCUGGACCUGAAGGUGGGCGGGCCGACGAGCUCGAGGACAGUGGCCAAGGCCGCCGGUGCGACACGUUGCCGUCAGGCGUCAGCGAAAGCGAAUCCUCCACCUCCCCAUCGGACUUGAGGGAUAUCAAAUAGACUUUUUCCUUUCGAAGACCCAUCGUAGGCCCAGCUACAGCCCAUUUAGCCCAUCUCGCGACUACAGUGUACAGCCGCAAAUCGGGAGAAGGGGUUUUUAUGUCUCCUCGCCCGCUCCGAAUCAGCUCGAGGUAGCAGCUCCCCCCGCAAAAACCCUAGCUUUACCUCCCCACAAGCGCCUCCAAGAUGAAGCUCGUCAGGUUCUUGAUGAAGCUGAACAACGAAACGGUGACCAUCGAGCUUAAGAACGGCACCGUCGUACACGGAACCAUUACCGGUGUUGACAUCAGCAUGAAUACUCAUCUGAAGACUGUGAAGCUGACACUAAAAGGGAAAAAUCCUGUUACCCUUGAUCACCUUAGUGUGAGGGGAAACAACAUCCGCUAUUAUAUCCUUCCUGACAGCCUAAACCUGGAGACUUUGCUGGUUGAGGAAACACCAAGGGUCAAGCCUAAGAAGCCUACUUCUGGGAAGCCCUUGGGCCGUGGGCGUGGCCGUGGUCGUGGGCGCGGUCGGGGUCGGGGACGUUGAGCAUGCUAGCUGCUUUUGGAAAUUGCAUUGCGUGCAUCUGCAGUGUAAUCUACAUUCCUAUCAAUUGUACGAAGUAUGCCUUUGAUUAUGCAACCAUGUAUCAAUUGUUUUUUUUUGCCGUGGAUUUAUGUUGAUGAGGUUACCAUGUGAUCAUAUGUUCUUUCCCUAGAACUUUUAAGAACAAUUAAAUACUAUCUUUAAGACUUCUCUAGACA